AUGAUUGGACCACCUAUCACUCGAAGGAAUGUCAGCGAUGUCCAGCAGGCCGAAAUCCCAAAACUCAUCUGGUACAAAUUGGGUCCGAAUGGACUCUCUGACGAAGCGCGCGCCUGGACAGACUCCUGCGUCAAGAACAACACAGGCUACAAAGCGCACUUCUUAACGGACGAAGGCAGCGACACGUAUGUCCGGAAGACAUUCGCUUUCCGCCCAGACAUCGUAGAUACCUACCUCGCUCUCCCCAUCCCCAUUUUCAAAGCCGAUCUCCUGCGCUACCUGCUGCUCUGGGACCAAGGCGGCAUCUGGUCCGACCUCGACGUUUCCUGCGAAGAUAUCCCCAUCGACGACUGGGUCCCCGCCUCGUACAAGAACUCCGCCGCCAUAGUCGUAGGUUGGGAAUUCGACCAAGGCUGGCCGGGCAAAUACGUGCGGCAAUUCGCGAGUUGGACGAUAAUGUCGAAGCCGCGCUCGCCGCACAUGAUGCAAGUCGUCGACGAUAUCCUCGAGACGCUGCGGGUGGAAACAACGGAACACGGUAUUGGGGUUCAGAACGUUACGCUGGAGAUUAUGGGGGAUGUGGUGGAUUUCACCGGCCCCCGCCGCUUGACGCGGAGUUUGUUUAAGAGUCUGGAGAAGCAGAUGAAUCGAACGCUUGAUGUGAGUGAGUUCCAUGAGAUACUGCAGCCGAGGCUGGUGGGGGAUGUGUUGAUUAUGCCGGGGCAGUCGUUUGCGGCUUCUUCGAAUACGUAUACGGUGGAGCAGCAGAAGGAUUUGCCGCCGCAGUUGGUGGAACAUCAUUAUGCGGGGAGUUGGAAGAAUGACAAGGGUGGUGAAUAG